AUGCUUCACUGGAUCCUAGGAUGGCCUUCAUCACCGGCUCAUACACAUUUCCUCUCCAAAGACUGGACCCCAAGCUCCCGGAGUUCGUCCUGCGACAACAGAGGAAGCGACACAACGGGCUCGUCGCGCCCACAGCCAGGCCACCUCGAGUCCCCGACGACGAGGGAAACGACGAGUGGACGCCCGAGAAGGAGAGAUCUAGCAGGCAUGCAAGCAAAAGUGGAAGCGUGGGCGGUGGAAGAAGAGGCGGUCAUAAGGGGAAGGCAGAGUGGAGUGCUCCAGCUUGGACCGGUAGGAGGGAGAACUACGAUGAUGCGCCGCUCAGUGUAGACCAAGUAGAUAUUAUACCGUUAUGGACUCCAGCCAAGUUGGUGGCGGGUGCAAAGGGCGCU